UUUUUUUUUCGCUCAGAUCACUGAUUAAGUGCUUGUGCUGAUUGACAAUCCUAUUACGAUAUGAAACCAGAAGAGACGGACAUUCACGGAUUGACUAAUACUAAUCUGCUAGAUCGUUGAAAUGGUGAGUUUAUGAGCGACGUUCUGUUGGGUAAGAGGCCCGAUCCAUAGUCGCUUAUGGUGGGCACGAUCUCACACAACGGCCUCGAGGUACAUAGGCUGUGAUAUAUAAAUCCGGGCUCUUCUGGCUUUUUGAAUUAUUCACUUCACCAUGGACGGUUACCAAUUUAUCAUCGAGUCCCCCCAGGAAAGCCAAGGUCACAAGAAACGUCCGCGUCUUGUGACUUCUUGCGAUAACUGCCGCCUCAAAAAAAUCAAGUGUCUCCAGUCAUCUCCCGAGACGCAAUGUGAGGCUUGCAAGGCAGCCAAAAUUCCAUGCAAGUUUCGGGAUCGCGAACGAUAUUUUGCUGAGCGCAGCCGAGCUAUCGCGGGCCCCAGUUCCGCGCCACCGUACCCUCGACCAUCGAGUAGAGCAACAAGUGUUGUCCCGGAGUCUUCAGAGCGCUCCGGUUCAAGUACUACAAAGGAAUACGCCACUCCGGCAUCGACCUCGUACGCGCCACCAUCGCAAGGAUAUGCCAAUUCUAUGUCUCGUUCCCCGUCCUACUCGCCACCAGGAACAGCAUCCACGGAUCACGCCCGCUAUCAAACCUAUCCAGAUCACUCGAGGCCUUCCACAACUCAUAGACACACCCCUGCAGACGAUCAACUUCGUCGAUACACAACUCCCAAUCCGGGUCAAGCAUUAGGACGUCCUCAUCCCACAUCGGGCGGCUACCGGCAGGUCUUUGACCCAAUGCACCCUCAGAUGCCACAACGCAGCUGGAUGCCACAUUUCAUCCAGAUAUUCAUCAGCCAGCUCGGCAGUCAAUGCGCGUUCGUGACUUACGACGACCUAUAUGAAAAAUUCCGACAUCAAACUCUAUCUCCUUUACUCUCUAACUGUAUUGCAGCACUAGGCGCAAGGUUCUCUGACAUACCAGAUAUUGUCGCGCGUGGUCCGCACAACGUUGCAGAUAUUUUCUGCGAGAAUGCCAAGGAGAUGCUGUCCGCGGCGCUUAACCAACCGUCCCUCGACGUUCUUCACGCCGUCAUCAUCCUAGCAUGGACGGAAUACAAAACCGGUCGGCUUCUUGGAUUCCGACAAUACGGGGAUCUUGCCAUGAGAACCGCAAUAGCUAUAGGGUUGUCUGAGGAAUCCACCAGGCAGAUGAGCCCUUACGACAGUUAUCAAAAUCGUCUUCGACUGACAUGGCAAAGUGUCUCCCAACUGUACGCCUCAUCGGCUUUGUCGGGGUAAUUUGAAUGAUACUACACCAGCGAUGUCGAAUAUCGCUCUGUUCCUAAAACGCAAUUCUGACCACCCGAAUCGUAUGUCCCUCUUCCCUGGUUCGAUACUUGUGGAAGACGUUUCAUUGGUUUGGUUCCGUCAUUUAACCCCGGAGACCGCUGGCAGGCUUCCUUCAUAUUUCUUCGUUCCGCCCUAUUUAUCUACCUGACAUAUAGAUUAACUCAUCAAUAAUACCACCAGACUGCACGUUACAUUGAUUAGAUAUGUACAAUCAUAUUCAUGUAUACAAGAGACUCCAGAGCAAACUUCAAGCAACAAGAAUGUCAGCCCCA